AUGCGCUACGCUGUUCUAGUCACCGGUCCUGCUGGUGCGGGCAAGUCUACUUUCUCGACUGCUUUUGCCACCCAUCUUCGUGUCUCAAAACGCACGGCCCAUAUCGUAAAUCUCGAUCCUGCUGCAACCGGCGAUGCCUUCGAGUAUCAACCUGCCAUCGACAUUCGAGAGCUUGUGACCCUAGACGACGUCAUGGGCGAGAUGAAUAUGGGUCCUAAUGGCGGUCUUGUGUUUUGCUUUGAGUACUUGUUAGAAAAUAUGGAUUGGCUUGAGGAAGAACUCGGAGGGUUUGACGACGACUACUUAAUAAUCGAUUGUCCAGGUCAAAUCGAGCUGUACACGCAUCAUCCGUUCCUCCCGCAACUUGUGCGGAACUUGCAGCGAAUGAGCAUACGGACUUGUGCUGUGUAUCUCUUGGAAUCCCAGUUCAUGGAAGACCGAUAUAAAUUCUUCAGCGGUGUAUUGUCCGCAAUGUCCGCGAUGGUCAAUCUUGAAGUACCCUGGAUAAACAUCAUGUCUAAAAUGGAUCUUGUCUCCGGAUCAUCGUCAGACACGUUUGAGCCAAGAAAUGGGAAACGUGGAAAGCGCGACAUCGCUCGGUAUCUUGAUCCAGAUCCGAUGUUGCUUGUUGCCGCGAGGGACGGGAGAGACCAGCAACGCGGCAACAGCAGAUUUCACGACCUAAACCGGGCCAUCGUACAGCUAAUCGAGGACCAUCCUUUAGUGUCAUUCUUGCCGCUGGAUCUAACGUCGACGGACUCGCUUGAGACAGUCGUCAGUCAUAUUGAUUUUACUAUGCAAUAUGGUGAAGACGAAGAACCGAAGGAGCCACAUGAUCUAGACGAAGGGGACUUUGCUGAUAUGGAAUAG